AUGGGCGCUAAGAUCAAGAGUAAAAACUCUCGAAAAAAGAGAUCAAAAAAUCUUGCGCAAACGAAAAACAAAUCGAAAUCAAUUAUGAAAAUACUGACUAUUCUCAUUCUGAUCGUCACGACUUCUAACACCGUCUCUGGAAAUGAUUCCCCCAAUCUCCAUCUCCAAAAACGUGGCCCUCGUGCUUCACAAGGCAACUUCCAGCCAAUUCUGGAGAACAUGGAGAGACUUGCUCGUAUCAGCAACGGUGUUUCCCUGGAGAUCGGUCUUCACGAUGAAUCGAUUCCUGCCGAUGAAGUCAUCUCGGAACUUCUUCAUAUGGGAUCGUUGAAACCUGACGACAUUAUUUCGAUGGAUUCUUCCGCUGUCAAUGGUGCCAUCACUGGAAUUGAAGAUGUUAACAAACAACUGGAAUCUGAUGUUGAUGUGAUAGCUACCGAAACUCGAUUGAUCAACUUUGAGAAAGUGAGAUUGAGGUCGAAAUUCAUGCUGAAUCUGACGGAGUUCUCUGAAAAAGAGGAAUACAAAGCAGAGUUAAUUAAUGUGACUGCAAUCAAUUGGACUAUUUCUGAAGAUAUCUCGACUAUCAGUGAUGCAGCUUCUGCACUACAAUUAUAUUUCAAAAAUAUUGAUAAAUGGUCAAACGGCAUGAGCGAAGAUACAGCAAACGAUGCAGUUGUGGAAUUACCUACAAUAAGUGUGAAACUGAAACAAGUGGAGAACUCGAUGCAAACUCUCUUCAAUGACAUUAUUCCUCUUGUGGCUGCUGCAAAACAACUGAAACCAAGAACCAUUUUCCUCGACAUUCUGAAUGAAGAGAAGACAAUUCGUGCUCAGCUGGAAGGCAAAACUAUUUAUCAGAGCUACAAGGAAUCAGUAAUGAAAAACUUGAAGAAAAUUCAGACGUCUCGUGGCUCCUUGGAAAAUGUCAAAACUGUUUUCGAAUCCCUCCAACAAUUGGCUCAGAAUCGUUUCAAGAAGCAAUCUUUUGAGUACACAUCUGGAUUUUCGAAAGGAAGUGUUGAUCUUGACAAACUUGGUGCGGACAUCUCGAAUGAUUGGAUCGUGAAACGGAUUGAUGAAAGCUCCAUCGUCACGACUAGUUUAAACAAAGCCUUCUCGUUCUUUGAAGACAUAAAAGAUGCCUUAGUGAAUGUUGAGAAGUCGUGGAAACCUUUGGCAGAUGUAUCAAAACGGAAGUCAGUCCAGAUGCUGGUGGAUGCGCUACUGAGUGUGAUCAGUGAGUCUGAAGAUUUGGGAAAGGUUGAAGCAGUUGUUGAUCAGUUAGCCUCUUGUGGUAACUCGCUGGUUCAAGACACUCCGGAUUCAUCGAAGCUAGAUAUUGUGUCUGGAAAAAUCAGAACUUUCAACGAUGUGGUGGGCAAGUUGAGUGAUUUCGAAUAUGCGAAAGUUCUUGGAGAUCUAUCCGCUUUCAAGAAUGUUCGAGUAGGAGUUCCAACUAAAACUGAUGCUGAAAAUUUUGUGAAUCAACUCAAAAAAUUGUCUGCGUUUGGUUCAACAUGGAAUGCGUUGAAAAAAUUGAAAACUGAUCUCAACGAUCUGAGUGAAACAACUAAAGAGAUUCCUGGCAAAUUGGCUGAAAUUUCGAGUGAAUUCGUGAAUAUUGACAACUAUCACACGGAUAUCUCUAAAUCGAAUUAUAUUCAGUUCUUCACUUGUCUUCACAACACGGAAGGUGGUCUGGUCAAAAAAUCAGUGGAAACUCUUCAGAAAGUUCGUUUCGCAAAAGAUGAGAUCGACAAUGCUAGUCCAGUGAUUACUGCUAUAAUUGGCUCAAAAUCGAAUAUGGAGGCGGCUCUGACAUCUGCUGGAAACAUGAAGGAGGUGAUGGAUCGAGAGGUGACGACGCUAAAAGAAUCGUUUCCGGAUGCUCAGAGUGCUUCGAAGAACUUGGGGAACGGUGUUCGCGGACUGGCAGCAAUCAAUUCGAUUCACAAUUCAUGGCCGGAUUUGGAAGCACUUUUCAAGGAUAUUUCUGGGAUUGUGGAGGCUGGAAAAUCGGUUGGAUUGAGUCAGCAACAUCAGACGGCUUUUCAAAAGUUGGCUCUUCUCCGUGCCUCGAUGACUGAAACUCACAAAGGUAUUGAAGACUUCUUGAAUACAGUGGCCACAAUUCAGAAUCUUCGGAAGAAGAGAAACACCAAAAUCACGGACAUCAAAACAAGUGCAAGUGUUAUGGAAGCGGCCAGCAAGAUUAAACAACUUCCACAUGGAAUAUCAGAUGAUGUGAGUUCUAUUAAGGAGGCUCUUGAUUCGUUGAAUGUUGCCACGUCAUCAAAAUAUGCAAAAGAAGUCGAAGUUAUGGGUCUCCUCGAUGGAUUGAAUCUGGACUUUUCUGGAUUCCAACCAGCUGCCACGUCACUCGGACACUUGGAUACCUUUUUCGCAACAUAUGGUGCAACGAUGGCUUCUGCUUCUGUAACGAUUCCAAGCCCUGCCCCAACUCCUGCUCCUUCCCAGCCCCCGAAUCAGUCACCAGUUGUCACAACAAUCGCUUCAAUGAUGAUACAGAUAGUGACGUCUACUGUGAUUCCCACGACUGAGGCAAUUUCGAUCGGCACGAUAGCAAUGUAUAUCGGUCUGAGUCUAGUAGUUAUUGGAGGUUUAGGAGGAUUUGGUGCCUUGGUUUAUUGCUGCUGCAUCAAAAAAGCUCCACCUCCAGAUGAUGAUGAAGAGGAGAGAAAGAGAAAACAAAAAGAGGAAGCAGAUAAAAAAGAUAAAGAAGAAAAGGAAAAACUCCGGAAACAAGAAGAGGAACAGAAGAAGAAGAUCAACAAUGAUCAAGAGCAAAACAAUGAGAACGCCAGGGGGAACAACGAUGUUGCACCCGGUGCUUCUUCAGAUGCCCUUGCCACUGCCAGAGAAAUUGUAGCUACUCCUGCACCUUCCAACGAUCGAUUGCCUUCUGAAGUGGAUGCAAGAGAGCCAUCGAAGAAAGACGAAAAGGUGGAACCAGAAGUUGUUGCUCCAGAAGUUGUUGCUCCAGAAGUCGUAAAAACGGAAGUAGUUAGACCUCAAAGAACAAUUAUAGAAGAGAACAUUUAUAGCAUGCUGAUAUCAAUGGUUUUUCAAUUCGAAAAAAGUUUAAGUACCUAUAUGUCGUUUGAUGCUGCACUAAAAACUGAACUUGAAGAUCUGAGACUUCAAUGUGCAAAAAAUAUCACACGAGACGACAUAUGUGCGCCGAAGGAAACACGAAGCUCGACGUACUUUGUUCAUGGAAAAACAGCACUGAAAGUUCAGGGUUUUGAAACAGAUUUCAUUAACGGGAAUGCCAUGAAAAUAGGAAAGAAAACUUAUAUGAUGUUCCAAGCUCCAUCGGAUGGUAGUGAAAGCGUGAGCAGUUCUGACCCAAAAGACUCGACGAUCGCAAAGCAUUUGGCAUUUAUUUUACAAAGAAAAGUUCGAAUCUCACUGAUGCUGUGCGUAUUUAAAUAUAGAAGCUGUGCGGAAUACUUCUCGGAGACUGUUGGAGAGCGAUUUCGUUUCAAAAAUUUGACUGUGACGACAGACAAAAUCACGAAAGAUGUGCCCGGGUUCACUGACAACGAGAAUUACACUCUGUAUACAAUCACUAUUCGUGGAGUUGGAGCUGAUGGCGCUCCGAUUGAACACACAACGGAUAUACUCCAAUUUUCGGGAUGGAGCAAUAAUUGGGCCCCCUCAACUCUGAAGCACGGCGUAGAAAUGAUUCAGUUUGUGGAAAGGUAUAAGGGACCUAUCUUGGUUCACUGCUCAAAUGGCACCGGUCGGUCUGGUACAUUGGUUGCAAUAAAGUAUGGAAUGUGGAUGGUCAAAACAAAACGAUUCAGAGGCAUCUUUGAUCUUAUCUGUGAUGUUCGUGCUUGUCGUUAUGGAGCGGUUUCAACCCCAACGCAAGUUCUCUACGUGCUUCUAUCUGUCGGUUUGUACAUGAUUACGGAGAUGGGACUGAAGACAAUUCCAUCGUUUGAUAAGAUUCAAUACAUUUACGCGAACCUCCAUAACUACUCUGUGUUCGACACCAUUGGGAAAUGGAAAAAGAAGGCGUAUAACAAAGCAAUUCUAGAUAAUUUGGUCAAGGAAUUCAAUGACGAAUUGGUUAAAGCUAAAGAGCAAGCACUAGAAAAGGAAAAGGAAGUUGGAGAUGAUGGAACUGUUUUUGAAUGGAAAUUGAUGGAAGAAAAGAGAUUAGAAGAAGAAGAGGAAAAAGAAAAAGAAGAAGAGGAAGAAGCAAAAAGAAAGAAACCAAAACGUUCGGCAUCGAAGACGACAGUUACUGAAGGUGCAAUGGAGAAGACUUCAGAUGAGAGACCAUCGGCUGAAGCUGCGAUGGCACUUGUUCCAGAAGCAAAGGAAAAGUCAAAGAAGUUGAAAAAGUCACUGAAAUCCAAGAAACAGUCCAAAAAAGGAAGUAAAAAAGGACCCAAGAACUCGGUAAAGUCUAAGAAGACGAAAGAAUCAAAGAAGGCCAAGAAGGCGGCAUAA